AUGUGUGACGCCAGCGGAUAUGCCAUCGGAGCUGUUCUUGGGCAAAAGCGGGGAAAGGAAAGUCAUGUCAUCUACUAUGCCUCCAAAACCCUCAACGGAGCUCAGAUCAGUUAUUCCACCACAGAGAAGGAAAUGUUGGCAGUAGUGUUUGCUUUUGAAAAAUUCAGGUCCUACUUGCUUGGUUUGGUGUGCCCAGAGCAAUCAUCAGCGACCAGGGAUCCCACUUUUGCAAUUUCUCGGUCGAAAAACUUGAUCAAAAAAUAUGGAGUUCAGCAUCGGGUCUCAACAGCCUACCACCCACAAGCCAAUGGUCAGGCAGAACUGUCAAAUCGCAUCAUCAAAACAAUCCUGCGAAAAACCGUUGGUCCAACAAGGAAAGAUUGGAGUUUAAAGUUGGAAGAUGCCUUAUGGGCAUAUCGAACUGCAUACAAGACCCCGUUUGGGAUGUCACCAUACAGAAUGAAUGAGGCGGGGCAAUCAAGGAAACUUGAGAUUCAAGAGUUGGAGGAAAUUAGAAGAGAGGCGUAUGACAAUGCAGUUCUCUACAAAGAAAGAAUGAAGAAAAGUCACGACGCCCUGAUCACGAACAAGCAGUUCAGUUAUGGGCAAAAGGUCCUUUUGUACAAAACUCGGUUCAAAUUUGCCUUAGGAAAGCUGAGUACAAAAUGGACUGGGCCGUUUGAAGUACAAGCCCAAUUCCCAAAUGGAGCCGUCGAAGUCAAGAAUCCAAAGUCAGGGAAAGUAUUCAAGGUGAAUGGGCAAAGAUUGAAGGCCUAUUAUGGGCAUGAACCAAGGAUUGGGGAGGAGCUGGAUCCAUCCCCAGAAACAAAUCACUCGGAUAACUUUGGGGAACUAGACUUUGCCCACAACUGUGGGUAG